AGUGUGCCUUGCAUGGCCAUAAUCCAGAGUAUACCCAUUUGGUAGAAAGUAGUUUAGAGGUUAAUCAAGACCUUAUGAAGCUACCUACAGAGAUAUUUGUAUAUAUAUUUGAAAUCCUCCAGGCCUGGGGGAAGCUUCGUCCGCGAUAUAUGAGGGUUUGCAAGUUAUUUUAUAUGAUUAUUCUCCCGAUGAUUUAUCGACAUCCUAAAUUAAAAGCUUCCAAUUUUUUCAAUUUUGUUGAAACAAUUGGUAAUAAUAAGGCACUAGGAGACUAUAUUCAUAGUUUGGAUCUUUCGUAUAUCAUCCAAACGGGAAAGAAUGCCUACGUGGCGAAACUAUUGAAGCGGACAGCCAAAUCGCUAGAAACGUUUGUGGCUCCUCAAACCAGUUUUGGAUUGGGGCCACUAAUUGCAUUGAAGAAUUGCUUAAAUUUACGAAUAUUGGACUUGAGAUUGGUUUCAGAAACAUUAAAAUUGGAAGAACUAUUCCAUUCCAUUCGAAAUUUAGACAAACUAACCCAUUUAUCCUUUCCAAGGUCCCUGAUUGAAAUAGGUCUGUACGAGUCAAUAAACUGGCCACCCAAUUUGAAAUUCUUGCGUAUUUCCGGUGGAUUGAAUGAUGAUUUCUUAUAUGAAAGUAAAUUCCCAGAACUGAUUACCGAAUUGGAGUUUUCGCAUUGUCCAGUGAUUUCGGACUUGGGAUUACGACAAAUAUUGUAUAGAAUCGGCCGCAAUCUUCGUACCUUAAAAGUGCAGUACCCAAUGCCAGGUCUCCAAAAGAACUCUCUUGAUCAAGUGUUCAUAUAUUGCCCAGAUUUAAGAGUAUUGGAAAUAUCGGUUGACUAUGUAUCCUCGUCAUUUUUUGAUGAAGAGUAUCUCCAAUAUUUACCCUAUCCAAGACCACUACGCACAUUGUAUAUCCAAAGCAGUGGCAUGUUGGGGACUCUGACGAGAUUAGAUCCUUUGGAUUUAGCAAUGGCAUUGAACGAAGGGAGAUUGCCAAACUUAAAAAACAUCCAGUGUACGGCGAAGUUAGGAUGGGAUCCAAAGUCUGAGGCAGUACAGUAUAUAGCUGAUACUUUGGAUGAACGUAAUGGUGGUAUUUACAUAGGUUAUUAAAAUAGACAUGCCGAGCCGCG